AUCAGAAAGAAGUUUUCUUUCUCCUCCUUGAUGAUCUUCGAUUCAACCCACCCCCAAUUUUAAUAGCAUCUCUUAGAACCAGAAGAGCCCAAAAAUUCAACUUCCAUAUUCCUUGCCCCAGAUGAAAAUGUCCAUUUCCAGAUUAAACUUAUUCUUGCUAUUCUUUCACCUAUUAAUCCUUCAAUUCUCCCCAAGAAUCUCAGCCAUCAGGAAGGAUGUUGGAUUUCAAGGGAGGCGCAUUUGCAAAAAUACGGUCCUAGGAAGAUACUUACUAUCUGAUGAUAAUGGCCAUGUCUGUGACGCUCUGUCUUUAAAUCCGCAGUCUCGCUGCUGCCCUGAAAAAGGAGAAAAAUUCUCUUGUCAUGGCUGCAAUGUAGUUUCAGAGUGUUGUGAUUCUUAUGAAUAUUGUGUUUCAUGCUGUCUAAAUCCCUCAAGGAUAAAAGAGGAACAAGUAAUGAAUGUGAAGGUUGCCAAACCAGCUACUGCAGGGAAAUAUUCAAAUGUUUUUGAUUUCUGUGCUGGGAGGUGUCGUCAUAAUUCUGAGAGUGUGGUCCACGAAAAUGCUUACCUUAGUGAUUUCCAUCACUGUUUUUCUCUGCCAUCAAAUUCGUCAGCUGCAAAUUAUACAUUUUUAGAAGCCAGACUGAAUGGCAUUAAUGUUCUUGUUGGAAGGCGAGGUCAAUCAUGCGAUUCAGUUUGCAAGUCAAAGGGACAAUCAUGUGUUCCAAAUAAGCUUUUGGUACUUAAUCAGUGUGACAUUAUGCAGAAAUAUAUGAGCUGCAAGGGAACUUGCCUGGCAAGUAUUGGUCCAGACCAACCCGCUGAAGUUGUUGAUGAUGCUCCUGAAGAUUUGAAUCCUGGAGCAUGCUUGUUUACUCAAACACAAUCAAUGCUUUCUUGUUAUGGUUCACAUCAGCAUACCAGGAGACUCUGCCCUUGUGCAUAGUGCAGUAUCUGGUAAGUUCAAUUUCUUUCGAUACAUGUAUUAUUUGAAAAUUAAGUCUGUUGAGGGAUUAGAAAAGACCUUGCAUGACUUGUAAUAAAUAAUUUAGUAACAGAUAUCUGUAUAUUGAGAGAGUUCAGAAGGGUUUGAAGCACCUAUAAAGCCCAUGUGAUUGUCAGAACUACUGUAAUAUUGUGAAGCUAUAUAUUUUUUUUAUGAAAUUUUUUGUAACAAUACAUAGAAUUAUUUGAAGUUCGAACAGUUCAGAUAUCACAAUCUUUCAUGAUGCAAUGAGCAAAAGAACCUCUUGUUA